AUGAAAAACUCUUCGUUUCUUCGAAAGAAACAUGCGUAUCCUGCCUCUAUAGUGAUUGAAGUGAAAAAUGAGGAGAGGGAAAAGGAUAAGAUGCCGGACUAUAUGGAAGAAUCGAAAUCUCAGAAGAAAGUAAUUCGACAAAAACGGAAGAUGAAAGCGGAUAUCACUCUCAACAUUGGUAUCUAUAACCUACCGGAAGAUGUCGUGCGAGGUGGUACGAUGUCGAGAAACGAUAGUACAGUUCUGAAGAUCUCGGAACCCUUCUACUUGACACCAGAAUCGAACCUCUUUAAGUUGAAUUCUGAUUCUAAUACAUCAUUGCACUCACCCGAGUUAGUUCGUCCUUCAGUGCUUGAAUGCAGUUUUCCCAAUGCUAACAAAGAUGGACGUUUGGGCUACAGAGCCCAGGGCAUUACUGCAGAUGCAACAGCGCAUACUGUUGGUCCUGGUGGUCCUCAUGGUUACGCUUCUUCGUCACCUAUCAUGAUAUAUUUGGGCGCUUUCAAACCGCCAGUGACGUAG